AUGAUCGGAUGGACUCAUAUUUGUAUUGGAAGCUUGAUUAUCAGACGAUAUGGUGAGGAUACAUGGAGGAGUAUCAAACUCAAAGCUGGAUAUGAGGAAGACACGGAGUUCGAAGUUCAAGUGUAUUAUGAUGAUUCAGAAACCAUGCGAAUAUUCCGAACGGCUGCUGGAGUUCUCGGAUUGUCUGUUGAUGAUAUGUGGGAGAUGUAUGGAGAAUUCUUGGUUACCUACUCUUGUGAAACAGGAUGGCAAAAAAUGCUUUCCUGUAUGGCCAACAACCUGCAGGAAUUUCUUGAUAACUUGAACUCUAUGCAUUAUUUCAUUGAUCAGAUUGCUUUCAAAUCUGAAAUGAGAGGACCCACGUUUCACUGUGAGACGAGUGGGGAUAACAGUCUUCGACUGCAUUACUUUUCUAACCGACAAGGUCUUUUUCCCAUUGUUAAAGGGCUUGUGAGAAAAGUUUCUCGUGUUCUUUAUGAUAUGGAAGUGAAUGUUAAUGUAGUGGAAAGAGUUCAAGAAAGACGAAAAACAGGCCUUGUGGAACAUGUUGUAUUCUCAUUAGAGCCGGAUACGAACCACAAGGCAGGGUCACGUUUAGCAUACAAGUUCCGUAAUGAAUCCAAAAAUCAUGAAAUAGCAGCAGCUGACAAACCAGUGGUUCUUUCGCCUAUCACCCUUUUCGAUAUCAAACAAAUAUUUCCAUAUCAUAUUUGUUUCAACAAACAAAUGGUCAUUGAGCAUGUUGGAAGCUACUUGCUUCAAGAAUACAGGCUUGUAGAUCGCAAGAUGUUGAAAUUGACAGAAUUGGUUCAGUUGGUGCAGCCAUCAGAUAUUCAGCUUACAUUCAAGAAUAUUACUCAAUACUUGAAUACAAUUUUCAUCUUUCAAAUUAAACAUCAUAGCCGGCGUAAUGAGAUUGAGGAAACAUCUACGGCUGCCUUUCAACAACCUUUAUGUCUCAAAGGACAAAUGAGUAUUGUAAACUCUGGAAACUCGAUAAUGUACUACUGCUCUCCUUAUGUUACUACGGUUCGAGAUAUCCUGGAACUAAACUUGUACAUCUCUGAUAUGCCAAUGCACGAUGCUACUCGAGAUCUUGUUAUGUUAAAUCAGAGUAGAAUUUGCCAAAUGGAACUUAAUAAAAAGUUAGAUGAAACAGUCAAGAACCUGAGAGCAUUAGCCGAUACUUUACAAAUCAAGAAAACUCAAACAGAUGUUCUAUUAUAUGAUUUAGUUCCAAGAGCAGUAGCUGACACUCUAAGACAAAACAAAAACGUCACUGCUCAAGAGUUUUCUGAUUGCACAGUCAUCUUCUCGGAGCUCCCCGAUUUCUUCACUCUUAAUAUAAAUUGUACUCCGGCUGAAGUCGUAACUAUUAUCUCAGAUUUAUUCCAUGAAUUCGAUCGCCUGAUUGAAAAAUACAAGGUGUACAAGGUUUUAUCUCUCAUGGACAGUUAUUUGAUUGUGGGAGGUGUUCCUAAUCCUUGCCCGCUUCAUUGCGAGACAAUGCUAAAUUUGGCUCUGGCUAUGGUGUUUGAAGGAAAGCAGAUCAUAACACCAAAACUCAAUUUACCGCUCCGCGUUCGAAUCGGAGUACAUUGUGGUCCUGUCGUAGCAGGAGUUGUAAGUCAGAAAAAGCCACGUUACUGCGUAUUGGGACAGACGGUACAAGUUGCAAAACUUUUAUGUUCUCAAUCACAACCUGGCAAAGUAAUGAUAAGUAAUGCAGUAAGAACGAACGUAACUAAACAUUUGAAAAGCGUAUUCAUAUUCACACCGGCUGGUUGCUUGGACAGUUCAAACUCCAAAAUCUUCACCCAUUAUCUAGAGAAAAAUGAGAAACUUAGCGCAUGGGAUCUUAUAGACAAGGAGAAAAAUGAACACCAAACUAUUGAUGGCUACAAAGAGCUUCAUUGUGAUGCCGACGGUCCUGCUUGGGAACAUGCUCGUAUAGCUGCAGUUAAACAACAAAAAAUUGUCGAUGCAUUCCGAGACGUUCCUAGUCGUACGAACAGAGCGGUUAGUCGUCUAAGGUCGCUGAAGAAAAAUUUCCGAGCAGCGCAAUCGAACGAUUCCGGAAUUUCUGUUGAUGUACGCGACAACGAGGAAUCAGCUAUAUGCUCGAUCAUGUGA